AAAAAUAUGGCCGCCUCCCGACCUGGGAGGGGGACGGCCAAAGCGUCCAGAAAAAGAGCUGCGUCAUGGCGGCGUACAGCCGCUAAGAACUUUCUGUCAAACAUUCCGCUGGACGGGUCGUUUGAAGAACCCGUUCCUGGUCGAAAUGAGUCGGUGGCGAGUCUUGGAGGGCUGCAGACAGCCGCCACUGUCCACUCCACUUCUGCAACGGAGGGGGAGGGGCAACUGGACACUGUAGACGGUCAUCGUGAUCUGGGGCAUGGACAAGAUGCACACAGAGGUCAGUCUGAAGAAUGGGCAAACAUUCGAGAGGAGCCCAUCACUGUGGACAUCCCGGCAAAUACACACGUGCAACAGGAAAACACAAGUCCAAGGACAAGAGCCAAUACGUACAGCCCCGGUGAAGGGCACCCCUCUCCGCGACGUGGACUGGUCCGACAGAACUCCCUCAGCAGUCCGAGGGACACUCCCCCGCGGGACAAGAAGGUCAGAGUUCACCGGAGCCUGUCCAUGUCCGAGUCGGCUGAGAUCGUCCAACCACAGAAGGUCCACUUUUUGAGGACUCUGAGGGAGAGGGGCUUUCGCAAAGGAAGACUGGUGUUGGUAUCAGGCCAUAAGGUUCCGUAUGCAGUGGUGUCCCUGGUACCCUACAGUCGUAUCAGCCAGCAUGGAUAUGUCAGUGUACCGGAGGGUCGGAGGCAGCGUCACCCCUCGGGAGGACGUCCCCUGUCCUUCAUGACGGACACCAGCGUCAUGGCACAGCUGGAGGGGGUCGAGCUGGGGGAUGAUGGGAAGACGGUGUCCUACGCACACUUCCUGGUGCCCACCCGCUCUAUGGAGAAGAGAAAAUCCCUAGAUGGACUGGGUCCAUCAGCGGCCACCCAAUCACAGACCUACCUGCGCACAGUGUCCUACGACCCUGCACAUCUUUUACGAGUCCAAGGAUCAUCAGAAGAACCGACAGUUCCCCUGCUGCCCAAGUAUGACCCUUACCUGCUGGAUGACCCAGAGUGGAGGUCUGGUAAACACAGAACUGUGCUCAACCUGCCCUGCUAUAUGACAACAAUAAUUGACUAUGCCAAACCCUCGGAACUGAAGAAGGACUUGAAUGAGAUGUUUAAAGAACGGUUUCCACACAUCCGGCUCACACUCAGUAAGCUGAGGAGUUUGAAGAGAGAAAUGAAGAAGAUAGCAGUGGAUGAUUGCCGAAUGGAGGAAGUGACUGUUGCUCAGGCAUACGUCUACUUUGAGAAGUUAGUCUUACAGGGAAAGAUUAACAAGCAGAACAGAAAAUACUGUGCGGGUGCUUGCUUGCUGCUGGCAGCAAAGCUGAAUGACACAAAAAAGGCACAACUGGGGAAGUUAUUAGAGGAAAUUGAGGACACAUUCCGGCUGAACAGGAAGGACCUGAUAGCGUUUGAGUUCCCUGUGCUGGUGGCCCUGGAGUUCUCUCUACAUGUGCCCGACACAGAGGUGUACCCACACUACAGGAGACUGGCCUACCUGUCCUGACCAUACACACAUGUACAGUACUGUACUGUGCUCACCUAGCUGUACAGAACACUACAGGAGACUGGCCUACCUGUCCUGACCAUACACACAUGUACAGUUCUGUACUGUACUCACCUAGCUGUACAGAACACUACAGGAGACUGGCCUACCUGUCCUGACCACACACACAUGUACAGCACUGUACUGUACUCAUACUAGAUAUUGUGAAAUAUGGUUUAUGAACUACAAUCAAGUAUUCACUUGUGAAUAAGUUCCUGUGUUAUACUUGUUUUUGUAGAUGAUACAAUGUGUUCUAUAGUUAGGAUGUUGCCUUAGCCAUAAGGCAUUUCUAAUUCUAAGAACCCCCCUCUAUUUAGUUUACGACAUGUUGGUACGAGCCAUAUUGGCUCAAAUAGUAACCACUUAAUUUAUAGACUAGACCAUUCGAUACUUGUUCAAGGGGAGGUCAGGACAUUUUUCUUGCCUCUUACUCUUUACUGUUAAUAAUACAAUGUAUGAUGAUACCACGUUGAUAACUUCAAUGUUGUAUUAGAACUGUAUAGUCACAGAUUGUAAACACAUGUACAACAGAGAUAUACAUAUUAUGUAAUUACUUACUAUAUGUAAUUUAAUAUACAAAAAAGUAUUCUCAUGUAAAAUAUGUGAUUAAGCACUAGUAAAGAUUAUCCUU